UUUAUAUUUGUAUUUAUGUAACGCAUUGAAUCCAGUUCCCCUGACGAUCACAUAAAUUGAACACUCUGCAGUAUGUCACCCGACACUCGACCACCCAAUAUCGUGGUGCAUUUACAUAUGUGCCUAGUUCUUACAUUCGUACAUAGAUGAAGGGCACUAAUGCUGAUUCGUGCAUGUACUCUGUAGACAAACAAUCACUUCGACACUCCGAUGCUCGCUCAAGUCUUAGCCUAAGCCAAUCAGUCCUUCUCCACACUGCAAAACGAUCGGUUCUUUUUACUGUAAAGUAUUCAGUGUUUAUUUAUUAGAAGAGUUCUUUAAUAACAGUGAAUUAUUUCUUAGAAUAUGUUCAUCAAAGAUAAUAAGAUGUCAUUCUCCGCCGUUGACAUAACCACCGAAAAGGAUGGGGGGAAAUCUAGGGAUAAGAAAUGGCCCUGGUACGGAGCACCCAUCUAUGCGGCCAUCUGCUUUGCACUCUUCUAUGUGUCCGUCCUGCCCAGAUUCUACUCGUACCCCGACAUGCUGUACCAGGGCGACGAGGCCCAGCACCCAGAUGAGUUCAUCGGGGAGCGGUCAAUGAAGCAGCUGGCAGAGUACGCGUCCAUUGGAAACAAGAUGAGCGGCUCGAUAGCCAAUGAGGUGCACACAGUCAAUUUUCUGCUGAGGGAGUUGCAGAAAAUUGUGGUCGAGUUGCGCACCGACCUUUACGAUAUCGAGGUGGAGAAGCAGUACUCCUCGGGCUCCUUCUACCUCUGGGACAUGGCCAUGACGUACACCAAUCUGUCCAAUGUCGUGGUAAAGAUCACCCAAAAGAGCCAACAGAACGAAAACUACUCGGAGGUCGGAACGCCGGCGGUCAGUGAUGACGGAGUCAUGGUGGUAAUCAUGCUAGAAGCUCUGCGUGUAAUCUCACGCUCGGAGAAGACACUGGCCCAUCCUGUCGUCUUCCUCUUCAACGGAGCCGAGGAGGCCUGUAUGCUGGGGUCACAUGGCUUCAUUACGCAGCACAGAUGGGCACCCAAUUGCAAAGCCCUGGUCAACCUGGACUCGGCCGGCGCUGGCGGACGCGCGAUUCUCUUCCAAAAGGGGCCCCAUCACCCGUGACUGGCCAAAUACUAUCACCAGAGCGCGGCUCAUCCGUUUGCGAAUUCGAUGGCAGAGGAGCUCUUCCAGAACAACUUUAUACCCUCGGACACGGACUUCCGUGUCUUCCGCGACUACGGAAGUCCCGGCCUGGACAUGGCUCAUGCCCUAAACGGCUACGUGUACCACACCAAGUACGACAACUUCAAGAACAUAGACCGAGGCACCUACCAAUCGACGGGUGAGAAUGUGCUACCCCUGGUUUGGGCCCUGGCCAAUGCCCCCGAAUUGGAUGACACCGCCGCAAAAGAGGGUCACACGGUCUUCUACGACUUCGUGGGCUGGUUCAUGCUCACCUACACAGAAUCUGUGAGCAUUGCCAUCAACGUGACUGUUUGCCUGAUAUCCCUGGCGUGCAUCGGCAUUUCCGUCUACCUAAUGACAAUGGACAACGGGGCAGAUGCGGUCAAGGCCGUGUUCCUGCGAUUCGGCAUCAUAUUCUUGGUUCAAGUGGGAACGGUAUUUGUGGCCUGUGGCCCAACCAUUCUCCUGGAUGUCUUCAUGCAGGCUGUGGGCCUGUCGGAGUCCUGGUACUACGGACACUGGAUGAUCUUCGGACUGUACUUCUGCAGCCUGUUCUUCGUGCUGGGUCUGCUGCCCGCCAUCUACAUUGGCUGGACGAAGCGGAAGAGCAACAUGAAGCUGGACCAGACCAUAGCCUGCUUCAUGCACGCACACUGCAUUGUGAUGAUCGUUUUGUGCAUCAUCAUGACCAGUCUGUCCAUUCGCUACUUCCCCAUGAUUAGCAUCUUCUUCUACACGAUCUCGGUGGUUGUGCAGACUACCCUCAAGCUCUCCCUGAAGAAGAGCUACUUUGUGACGAGCCACUUAAUCUGCCAGGUCCUGCCCUUCAUUUACUACACCUACAUGUGCUACGCGAUUCUGAUUGUGUUUUUGCCUAUGCAAGGUCGUGACGGCCCCGACAGCAGUCCCGAUGUCCUUGUCUCCGUGUUCAUCAUCUAUAUGUCUGUGCACUUUGCUGGAUUCAUAAUCCCCAUUAUGCACAAGUUCCGCAAGCCCAAGAUUAUUUUCUCCAUCUUUGGAGUAUUAACCAUCAUAUUCAUUAUACUGGCCACGACAUCCGCAGGAUUCCCCUUCGUCAAGGAGCUGGCACCACAACGAUAUUAUGUCCUGCACACCACGCGAACAUUCCACAAUGCGGACAAUACCGUCAAACAAGAUUUUGGCUUCUAUAUACAACCCCCCCCCCCCCCCCCCCCCCCCCCCCAAAAUAGAGAGCCCUCCAGUUGGACUGAUGCUUCCUGUGCUGCCGAGCCAUUCUGCGGAUUGCCCAUCUACAGUGGUCGCUGGAUUGACUGGAAGGACUCGGCUCGGUGGAUAUAUAGCACGCCUCCACAGCUCCCCAUAAACAUCGAUCUGACGGAAGUCUCUAAGGCAUCUCUGGGACAGAACAAUGUUCGCUACGAGUUCAGCCUGCGGGCCAGCGAUCGCGUAAUGAUCUACAUAGCUCCAAUGGAUCAGGUCAAGGUCUCGCACUGGUCAUUUUACAAGACACCCCUCGAUGAGGGGCACACUCUGCCCUAUCUGAUGUACCACAUAUGUUAUUCCAUGACCGAGGAGCCCUUCGACUUCUGGGUGGAGCUCGAGCAUGAGGUCAGUAAUACGGAGGGACCGUAUAUCAAACUGGUAGUCUCGGAGCACCUCCUCUACCACAAGGAGCACUACACCGAGGACUUCCGGGAGUUCCUCGGAACUUUCCCCGACAUGACCUACACCACCGACUGGUAUUCGUCCUUGGAAAGCUGGGUAUUGUAAGCAGCGAAUAGUUUUAAGGAUACAUCGAUUUGUUAACUUAAUACAAAAUUU